CCUUGAAUCUCCACUAAUUACCUAAGUACUUCUAGUAGUACUGUACCUACCCGUAACCCAUCAUCCAUCACCCCCAGCGCUGUCACCCAUUUCCCCCCAUUAUAUCCCUGCCAUCGCAUACCUAGAACCUAGAUACCCAUCCUGUGCCCCAUACUGCCAUCCCAUACUGCCAUACGACGUACUGCGUAGGUAUGCUAACGUUUCCAUCUUCCAUUAUUACCUACAAUACUACCUCUCUUUCUCCAUCUCCUCCAUAUCUGUCUGUCUCAUAGCCCAUAGGGCUGAGGAGACCACUUUAUUUCCAAGCAAACUUGGCUUACACGAACGAUUUAGACGGGGUGGCUUUGUUCAACAUAAACGUCAGUCGGGGCUUACGAUCCCAUGUAGCCUCACACAUUUUGGAACGUCAUCAUGGUUGAUGAAAGCCACGCGACUACCUCAACCUCCAUAGCCAACACCACCGGUCGGGCAUCCCCCCUUGCAGGAAAUGCAAAUGCACCCCCGGGAUUCGGCCUGCGUCGAGCUGUGACAGUCGGUCAGCCAACCCCGGUUCGUCGACGCCCCACCGUCACUACCGGCUCACCACCUGCCGAGAACGGGUUUCCCGAUUUUCGGAGACGUAGCUCGACCUACUCUGACUUCAGCCUGGGCGAUGCGAGGAAGGACCUGGAGGCUAGUGCAGAUGAUAUCCUCAACCCAAGCAGAUAUGGCUCCCAAACGGCGGGCAAGUCCCCAUUCGCAUACAUCCCACUUACACUAGCUCUGCUCCCCGCCGUAGCGGGCAUAUUCUUCGAGAACGGAAGUGCUUUCUUCACCGACUUGAUUCUGCUCAGCUUAGCUGCCGUCUUUCUCCACUGGUCUGUCACCCAGCCAUGGGACUGGUACCAGUCUGCACAGGAAGUGCGGAUCGCGAGAGAUGAGAUCAUGACCGAGCCUGUCUUCGAAUCUGAUAGCGACUCCGAGCCCUUCGCCGCACCUACGAGUCCGACAACUCUCGAAAAUGUUCCCGAAGAGACAGAGAAGCAAGGGGAGUCUGACGGAGUAGUGGAGAGGCCGUCCGAUCAACGCGAUCGACCAUGGAAUAAGCGGCAAAAGGCAGCGUACAACGAACUGUACUUUCACGAGAUGGCCGCUUUGGCUUGGUGCUUUGCCUUUCCUAUGCUUGGCGCCUACCUUCUGCAUACCAUUCGCGGGCAGCUGACGAGGCCCUCCGAGGGCCUCGUGUCAGACUACAAUCUCACUAUUUUCCUCUGUGCCGCCGAAGUCCGUCCCGUCUCGCACUUGAUCAAGAUGCUACAGAACCGCACAUUGCGGAUCCAGCAAAUAGUCGCCAAGAAUCCCCACGAAAGGUUGGGGGCUACCAUGGAACAGUUCCAAGCACUCACAAAUCGCUUAGACCAUCUGGAGGCGCGUGGCGUUCUUGAUGACGCCAUGUUAAAUUCCAGCAAGCAACCGGACGUGCCACAAUCCAAGCUGAUCGAGACAGCUGUGGCCCAGGAGAUUCGCAACAGCAUGCAGCCGGAGCUAGACGCGCUAAACCGCGCCAUGCGCCGCUACGAGAAGAAGCUCACCCUACUCGCCUGCCAAACCGACACGCGAAUCGAUUACAUGGACUCACGGCUCAGCGACGCCAUCGCGCUUGCCGCCGUGGCCGCCAAGAACAGCAGCGCGCAAUGGGGCGUCGGCAACUGGCUCAUUGAGAAAACCGUCGCCGCCGUCAUGUUCCCAUUCCAAGCCGUGGUAUCCGUCUUCACCUUCCCGUUCCGCACGGCGUCGACGUUGCUCAGCCGCAAGAAUAGGUCGUCGUUGCCGGAGAAGACGCUGAAGAGUGCCCGCAAUGGGAGAAUGUCUUCUGCCCAGGGUAGGAAUGGGGGCGAUCGUUUGUCUACGCGGAUGCCUAAGAGGUGAAAUCGCUGUGCUGUGCUGUGUUGUGUUGCGUUGCGUUGUCGUCAUUAACAUGGCAUUAUUAGGGGGUCUGGCUGGGGGUGGGUGAGGUGAGGGUACGGUACCACUACGAGUUAUGAUCACGGGAAGGAUGAAUGAUUGAUUAAUUGAUACAACAAUGGGCGUCGUCGAUGAUAUUGUAGGUAUAGGUAGUUAUAAGAAGGUGGCGGGUUAUCAAAAAAUGGAGUUCUGGUCACGUAUGUAUGUACGUCGCCGCUUGCUUGCUUACCUUGGUUGAGGGUUUUCAUAGCGAUAGGGAUAGGGAUCACAGAUACACAAUCAUCGUUCAACAC